AUGCACUCUCUCUCUCUCUCUCUCUUCCUCUCUCUGAUACUUUUUGGACACUUUCUCUCUCUCUCUCUCUCUCUCUCUCUCUCUCCCAUUCUCUGUGCUCCAUUUUAUCUGUUUUUCUUUGCUCUUUUCUAUCUUUCUCUCUCUCUCUCACUCACUUUCCUCCUCUCUGACCUUUUUAUCUCUAUCUCUCUUUGCACUUUUCUCGGCACUCAUAGAAAGAUACUCUCUCUCUCUCUCUCUCUCACUUUCCACCUCUUUACGCUUUUUAUCUCUGUCUCUCUUUGCUCUUUUCUCGGCACUCAUAGAAAGAUACUCUCUCUCUCUCUCACACACACACUUUCCACCUCUCUACGCUUUUUAUCUCUGUCUCUCUUUGCUAUUUUCUCGGCACUCAUAGAAAGAUACUAUCUCUCUCUCACUUUCCACAAAGAUACUCUCUCUCUCUCUCUCACUUUCCACGUCUCUGCCCUUUUUAUCUCUCUCUUUGCUCUUUUCUCGGCACUCCUUAGAAAGAUACUCUCUCUCUCUCUCUUUUUCCACGUCUCUGCCCUUUUAUCUCUCACUUUGCUCUUUUCUCGGCACUCAUUAGAAAGAUACUCUCUCUCUCUCUCACUUUCCACGUCUCUGCCCUUUUAUCUCUCUCUUUGCUCUUUUCUCGGCACUCAUAGAAAGAUACUCUCUCUCUCUCUCACUUUCCACAAAGAUACUCUCUCUCUCUCUCACUUUCCACGUCUCUGCCCUUUUUAUCUCUCUCUUUGCUCUUUUCUCGGCACUCAUAGAAAGAUACUCUCACUCUCUCUCACUUUCCACGUCUCUGCCCUUUUUAUCUCUCUCUCUCUCUCUCUCUCUUUGCUCUUUUCUCGGCACUCAUAG